CCGGAUGUGACCCUCUUAGGUUUGUUGCUAAUGCUAAUGGCCCCGGAACGGUAAAGAAGCACUCCGAAGAUGGCCGGGGUGUUUGAGGUGGAGGUUGAUGGUGUGGAGCACGACCAUGGACUGGAGCAUCAUGGUGAACCCAACCAGUUCGAUUUGUCCAAACUUUCACCAGAAGAGAAGUGGAGGGUGGAGCAUGCAAGAAUGCAUGCCAAACACAAAGGCCAUGAGGCCAUGCACGCAGAGAUGGUGCUCAUCCUCAUAGUUACCCUUGUCGUCGCCCAACUAGUCCUUGUGCAGUGGAAACAGAGACAUCCAAAGUCAUACAAUCUGGUGACUCUGUUCCAGAUGUGGGUAGUUCCACUCUACUUUACUACCAAACUUCACUGGUGGAGGUUCCUGACCACCUGGUUUAUCUUCUCUGUCAUCACAGCAUACAUCUCCUACCGAGCCACUCGCAAGCCACUGGCCUGCACCACACCGCGGUUGGUGUAUAAGUGGUUCCUCCUCCUCUACAAGAUCAGCUAUGCCACAGGAAUAGUUGGCUACAGUGUUGUCAUGUUUACACUUUUUGGUAUAAACCUAAUAUUCAGGAUAAAGCCAGAGGAUGCAAUGGACUUUGGUGUUUCACUGCUGUUCUACGGGCUGUACUACGGGGUCCUAGGAAGGGACUUUGCAGAGAUGUGUGCAGACUUCAUGGCUUCAACUGUUGGGUAUUACAGUGCGUCCGGCAUGCCAACCAAGCACCUCUCUGACAAUAUCUGUGCCGUGUGCGGUCAACCCAUCCUCGUAGAUGUCAGUGAGGAGGGGAUUAUUGAGAACACGUACAGAUUAUCCUGCAACCAUGUGUUCCAUGAAUUCUGCAUAAGAGGAUGGUGUAUUGUCGGAAAGAAACAGAUGUGCCCGUACUGCAAAGAGAAGGUGGAUCUGAAGAGGAUGUUCAGUAACCCCUGGGAGAGGCCACAUGUCAUGUACGGACAACUUUUAGAUUGGCUUCGGUACUUGGUGGCCUGGCAGCCCGUUAUUAUUGGAUUUGUGCAAGGUAUCAACUACGUCCUGGGUCUGGAGUAACCUGCGACUGGACACGCCAUACGGAGAAGAUAUGCACUGGCUCAAAGGACUGAGGGCCUAACAUUGAACUAAAACACCAAUAAAAAGUGUCUAUACUUUUUGUAUAUAUUUAUAGGCACACAUUAUCUGUAUUUACAGUUUAUUUGAAUUUUAUUGGUAAUCUGAAUUUGGAUGUCUGUGUCAUAUUCCCAGGAUUUAAUUGGUUUGUGCAUCUUAUGGCCUAGUAAAACGAUUGUCGAAAUCAUUAGAGAGGUGCUUUUUACUAAUUUAUGUCUUCAGUGUUUGUUAACACUUAGUUAAAGGAUCUUGCUGGAGUUUUUCAUCCUCAUGUCUGAUGGCUAUCACACAUGAAUAAUAAAUAUUGAAUGGAAAUAACAAAAAUAAUCGCUCCCUGUGCCUCCCAAAAUACAUAAACACAGUAUCCACAGGCGUCAUUUCACCACUGCAUCAUUUAAUGUGCACUGGUGCUGCGGUUUGACCCCAUAUUUUGAACUCUGUUGACAGUUUCCUAAGCACCAACAGUCAUGCGUCAUGUGAGAAGAGUAGUCAUCAUGGGGAAAGAAGUGCUAAUCGCUCUUAAACAGAGGAUUCCUCUCACAGCGCUUGUUACGAUGGAACUUUUAAUGUUACUGGAUUUCAAAAUGUCCUCGUUGUUUUCAUGGACACUCAUCCUUAUCAACUGGCCAAACAGUCCUGUUUACUUUGACAAUAACCCCUUCUGAGAUAACUCACUUGAUUAGGUUUGUAUGAUUUGAAGUGGAGGCACAAUUGACUGUAUGUAUGUAAAGGGACAGUUCACCUAAAUUAUUCAAACAUUUUCUGACCUGUAGUUGUAUCUAGCCACGCUGAUAGUUUUGGUUUGGCUCUGCCAGCUGUUUUCUUUGGAACUACUUUCUACCAAAGAAAUAGUACCUGUGAAUCUGUUGACGGUUAUUCAGUUUCUGGGGUGACACAUUGCUGUUGACAUUUUUAAAUUACAUUUUUAAAUGCUGUGAGCAUGACUAACAAUUCACCUCUGUUGUAUUGCGGUACAGUUUAAUAAAGCCAUGCCAAAUAAAACCCAAACUAUCUGUAUGGCUAGAUACCAGUCAGAAAAUAUAUAUUUUUCCUUUAACUUUGGUGAACUUCUGUUCUGAAAUGAACCCUGGAAGCACAAACCAAAGCUACGAUAUUGCUUAGUAACUUAACUAAAACCACUGACUGCUUUAAAUUUGACCUCCCAGAAUGAUCCUUUAACUCAGUAAGAAUGCUGAUGGCUCGAGUCUUACUUUUAUGUGACCUGUUCCGGUCCCUUGUAUGUGGGUUUUCUAGUCCAAAGUUGCUGGAAGGUGAUGGUGGGUUUUUUGCAGGUACUGGUCACAGUACACGUCUCAUAACACCAACUGUCUUUUACUUGAACCUGUCUACCAAUUCACACAGUAAAGGGACUUUGUACAACAAGGCUAACGUGAUCAUUUUGUUUUAUUGUCAAUGUUUUUGAUCAAGAUCAGUUUAAUAAAUGUCACAUGGUUCA